AUGACAAAGACCUUCUCACCACCUGUCAAGCUGGCAGCUGUAGUAGCACCAAAGAAGGCCAAGAAAGCCGACGAGGAAGAGCAGCCACGUGCAGUUCCAGAUGCUGCUGUUGCUGCCACAACUGCCUCUGACGCUGAAACUUCGGCCCCUGCACCUGACGCUGCAGAUGCUGCCCCUGCUCCACCGCCACCCCCAGAGGAAGAGGAGGAGGAAGAGUAUGUUGUAGAGAAGGUCUUGGAACGCAGAGUGGUGAAGGGCAAAGUGGAGUUUUUACUGAAGUGGAAAGGUUUCUCAAAUGAGGACAACACAUGGGAGCCGGAAGAGAACCUUGACUGUCCGGACCUGAUUGCAGAAUUUAUGCAGAAAUAUAAAGAGAAGGAGGAGAAGAAGAAGGAGGCCAAGAGAAAAGCUUCCAGCGAUGCUUCGGGAGACUCUGAGGACAGAGGCAGCAAGAGGAGGAAGGAUGAGGGUGAAAAGGCACGAGGGUUUGGACGGGGCCUGCAGCCGGAGAGAAUCAUUGGCGCCACAGACUCGAGUGGAGAGCUGAUGUUCCUCAUGAAGUGGAAAAACUCGGAUGAGGCCGACCUCGUACCUGCAAAGGAAGCCAAUGUCAAGUGUCCCCAGGUGGUUAUCUCCUUUUAUGAGGAGCGUCUGACCUGGCACUCAUACCCCACAGAGGAGGAAGAGAAGAAGGAGGAGGAGAAAAAAGACUAAAGGGAAAGUGUUGGAAAAGGUGCACCGAGAUGAGGGUGUGGCCGUGAGAUGUGGAGCACCAAAUCCAGAUUUGUCAGAAACCCAUCAGUGUUCCAGGAUGUCACGUGAGAGCUGCAAAUGUAGCUGAUGGAGUUGGGUGUGCUACAGGCAAGGAAAUAAACAGGUUUGAAAAGGUGCUCCAUCCAGUAUCCUGACAAGGUCCAUUUGAGUUUUUUUUUUGUUUUUUUUUAAGCCCUGAUUAAAUUUGCCAUUGUCUGCGACUCUGGUAAAUUUAUUCUGCCAUUGCUCCGCAGCAGUGCCCUGUUCAAUCUCUGUUCAGUGGUGGUACCUAGCUGCCCCAUCAGGAUGGGCUGGCCUUCCUCUGAACCUGCUGCCCACUGUUGAGGGGGCCAACCGUUCACUGGUCAGGACACACAGGACGGACCAUCUUUUACCAUCAGCAUCUUCUCCUCCUCCUCCUGCUGCACAAGGCCUCCCCGCCAGCCAAAACACGCCUCACCUCAGAGGGGUUGCACCAGAAUGACGUCAUUCCUGUCUCGGACGCUGCUUCUGCUUCUUCAAUCAUGUUCCCCUCAUUCUAAAACGGUGACCGUUCCACUUGCGGUUUAGUCCUCAGAUUGUCAAAACUCUGCUCCAACCUGGACUCAGAGCUCCAAGGCAUCUACGCUAGCUGGUGAUAUUUUUAGAAGACACUGUUUUGAUUUGUAUUUCAUUUAGUGGAGAUGUAUAUUCCGUGUGCGGUGAUUGCAGCUCAGCCUGAAUAAACUCAGUCUUCACAACUGCAUGGUCUUCUACAGUAAUAUACUGUCUUCUGUCAGAUCAAUGUCUCGCUGCGCCAACGUUCGCUUCUUUAUUUUGAAUAGUAUAUUCCUUUUGGACAAAUAAUUUUCUUGUUGGCCAUAGGUGUUUCCUGUCAAUUAUAUACUGAUCUAUUUUAUAUUUUGCUCACCAAUCAUGUGACUCAACUAGGCAACAGUCAAGACUGCUUUUUUUUGUUUGUUUUUUUUUCUUUUUCUUUUUUAUUUUUCUUUCUCCUGUCUAAUUGAAUGUAGCCCAGUGUGACUGUUGUGUUGCUGACCCCAACAGAGCAGAUGUCUCCGCAUUUGGAGAGAGUCUUUCCAAGUGGGUGGCAGUUUCUGAUUCUCAGUUUCCUCAUGACGUUCCUGUGAUCAUCACUGGUUACCUAGUUAGCUUUUCUAUCUCUGGAUCACUCUCUGUUUAGCAAACUAGCUUGUGUUGUCCUGUUGCAUGUUUAUCUUGAACUGUCACUGUUGUGGCUGGUCUUUUAAUUUUCUUUUUUUCUGACAAUAAAGUUGUCAUUUUCAUAACUGGUGAUUUUUCUAGAGAUUUUUUUUUCUAAGGUAAACACUGUCUGG